UGCAGCCGGGCGCGCGGUGUCGCCCACUCCGUCCCCGCUCCGAGAGUAGGGUGGGCCACGGCGCUCACUCCUCACCCCCGCGUCCCGAGAGCGCCUGGCCAAGGAGGACGGUUGCCGCGGACCCUCCUCCUUUAAGGAGCGAAGUCAGAGGGCCCCGGGAGAGCGCCGAUGGCUGGGGAGCCGAGGUCCGCGCCACCCACCCGCAACCUCCUUCCCCGAGCCUUUGGGAACGGGUUGUUGGCCAGACAAGUCCCAGAAACUGCCUGCUUUGAAGCAUGAAUAAGUGCGAAAAGACUCUUAGCAACGUAAUGCCGUUUGCCGUUCGGAAGAUGUGCGAAGAUUCACUUAGAAUUACAGAAUGAAUUAACUCGACUAGCAAGACGCUCUUUGCAGUUAUCUUUUUCCUUUUUUUAGUUUGGUAGAGGUUUAACGUUAGUUUCAACAUUUAGCUAUUUAGCCCUACAGUCACCUAUUUGAAAACCGAUAAACAGAACUUUACUAGUAUAGGUAAUUUAAGGACUUCAACUUUGAUGAUCUGACGAGGGAAAGGAAUUUUCAAAAUGAAUUAUACAGAGUCCAGCCCAUUGAGAGAAUCAACUGCCAUAGGUUUUACACCUGAGUUAGAAAGUAUCAUACCUGUGCCUUCCAAUGAGACCACUUGUGAAAACUGGAGAGAGAUACAUCAUCUGGUUUUUCAUGUAGCAAAUAUUUGUUUUGCAGUUGGGUUGGUUAUUCCAACUACUCUUCACCUUCAUAUGAUAUUUCUUAGGGGAAUGUUAACUCUAGGAUGUACCCUUUAUAUCGUCUGGGCCACUCUCUACCGAUGUGCCUUGGAUAUAAUGAUCUGGAACUCUGUGUUCUUGGGUGUCAAUAUUUUGCAUCUGUCGUAUCUUUUAUACAAGAAGAGACCGGUAAAGAUUGAAAAGGAACUCAGUGGCAUCUACCGGCGAUUGUUUGAACCACUCCAUGUGCCUCCAGAUUUGUUCAGAAGACUAACUGGACAGUUUUGCAUGAUCCAAACCUUGAAAAAGGGCCAGACUUAUGCUGCAGAGGAUAAAACCUCAGUUGAUGACCGUCUGAGUAUUCUCUUGAAGGGAAAAAUGAAGGUCUCCUAUCGAGGACAUUUUCUGCAUAACAUUUACCCCUGUGCCUUUAUAGAUUCUCCUGAAUUUAGAUCAACUCAGAUGCACAAAGGUGAAAAAUUCCAGGUCACCAUUAUUGCAGAUGAUAACUGCAGAUUUUUAUGCUGGUCAAGAGAAAGAUUAACAUACUUUCUGGAAUCAGAACCUUUCUUGUAUGAAAUCUUUAGGUAUCUUAUUGGAAAAGACAUUACAAAUAAGCUCUACUCAUUGAAUGAUCCCACCUUAAAUGAUAAAAAAGCCAAAAAGCUGGAACAUCAGCUCAGCCUCUGCACACAGAUCUCCAUGUUGGAAAUGAGGAACAGUAUAGCCAGCUCCAGUGACAGUGACGACGGCUUGCACCAGUUUCUUCGGGGUACCUCCAGCAUGUCCUCUCUUUAUGUGUCAUCCCCACACCAGCGAGCCUCUGCCAAGAUGAAACCAAUAGAAGAAGGAGCAGAAGAUGACGAUGAGGUCUUUGAACCGGCAUCUCCAAAUACAUUGAAAGUCCAUCAGCUGCCUUGAUCAGAGAGAGAAUUCAGGUUACCAAGACGGAAGGUGUCUUGAAGAGAUCCUGAAAAAUACCAGCACUUUUUCAUGGCUUUUAGGUUAUUCUGCUUUAGUGCAUCCAGACUGGUAGAGUCUGAGGGAGGAAGUGAGGAAGGGUCAAGGAUGGAAGAGUUCUUUCACUUACCCUUUUUAUUAGUCAGCUUUUAAAGUAAUUGUUUUACUGAGCCUUCUGACUAUGCCUUGUUCUCUUUUGAGAUAUAUAUUUUCACAGUCUUUUCUAGAUAUAUUAUUGUUUUAACUUAACAAAUCUUAGCAAUCUCUCAAUGCCUUUUCACUUAUUUUUUCCCAAGUUAUGAUUCUUUUUCCUCACAGUCUUUUUUGUUCCAUGGCAAUAAGGUUGUCCAUUUGAUAAUUUUAACAAACAAUGUAAGUUUAAAAUUGAGGCUAAGGUAACAUGAAAAAGCAGGGAAUCUCGAACUUUAUUCUAUAUAUAUAUAUAUAUAUAUAUACAUAUUUUUUUUUUUUUUUUUUUUUUUUUUUUGAGACGGAGUUUCACUCUAUUGCCCAGGCUGGAGUGCAGUGGCGCAAUCUCGGCUCAUUGCAAACUCCACCUCCCGGAUUCACGCCAUUCUCCUGCCUCAGCCUCCCGAGUAGCUGGGACUACAGGCGCCUGCCACCACGCCCGGCUAACUUUUUGUAUUUUUAGUAGAGACGGGGUUUCACCGUGUUAGCCAGGAUGGUCUUGAUCUCCUGACCUCGUGAUCCGCCCGCCUCGGCCUCCCAAAGUGCUGGGAUUACAGGCAUGAGCCACCGUGCCCAGCCUAUUCCAUAUUUUUUUAACGGGACAUUUUAGAGAAAGGUGUGAUUUGACUGGUUUUAUUUUUCUCCCAGGCCAGAAGUAUUACUCCACUAGAUCACCUUACUUAGUUGGGCACUGUGUCGAUAACUUGAUGAUGAACAAAAAUCUCAGAUUUUACUCACAUUACCCUUGUAUUAUGCCAUUUAUAAACUGCUCUGAAACCUGAAGCUGGAAAGAUAACAGAUGGGUUUCUGAGCAUGGGGUUAACCUCCAGCUAAACUCAACUUCCUUGGGAUUUGGAGUCACCGUGUUGUGCACACUCUGGUGUGGGAAACACUUUAUGUAGGGUGGGAAGACAGGGGAGUUAAAUGGCUGGGCAGAUGCCACAGGAUGAGGCGACUGAAAGAUCCGCUUCAUUCUUUGAUCUGUAUUCUGAAGUUCCAGAUUGUUCAUCUAGAGGCAGAGACGUCUCUUUUAAAAAAGUCCCAGAUGCCCCAGUGCCAGAGCUGCGAACGUGAAAACAGUGGAGGGCAGAGGGUUUACCACAGGCCAGGCCAUGGACACCCAACCCAGAUACUGCAGUGAGGGUCUUGAUUCCAGAGCUCUCUUUUCUACUGAAAUCAUGGUUUAGUAAACAGUGGCAUUUGGCUGGUGGGAAAUGCGUAACUAGUCAGUGUGUCUGGCCAGUGUGGCUGUGGCACUUGGCCAGGACACUCUGUUGAAUGAAGCUUGUUGAUUGGCCAUGCUGGUCAUGUCUAUUUUGCUUCAUCCAUUAGAACCAACUUUGAGUCAGUCUCCUGUUACGUUAAAUGGCUAAGAAAAGUUCCAAAUGAAGUUGUUUUCAGGUGAACUGAGCCAAAGGAAGCAACUCUUACCAUGAGGUGAUUUCUGUUAGAGGAGGCAUAUAAAUAAACUCAUCUAGGGUCACCUCAUUUUCCUAAAUAUGUUUUUAAAGCAAUUAUUGUAGUAAUUUCAUUUGAGUUAAAUUUACAUGCUCGGUCACUCAUUGAGAAAAUUUACGCAGACUCUGAAUCCAGUUCCUGACAUCUUCAGAUGUUGAUUUAUUGACAUCACAGUAAAAAGGCUACUGUCGACUGGACACGGUGGCUCACACCUGUAAUCACAGCACUUUGGGGGUCAAGGUGGGUGGAUUGCUUGUGCCCAGGAGUUCAAGACCAGCCUGGGCAACAUGGCUAAACCCCAUCUCUACAAAAAAAAUUAGCUGGGCGUGGUGGUGCAUGCCUGUAGUCCCAGCUACUCAGAAGGCUGAGGUGGGAGGUUCACUUGAACCUGGGAGGUUGAGGUUGCAGUGAGCCCAGAUCACACCACUGCACUCCAGCCUGGGCAACAGAGUGAGACCCUAUUUCAAAAAAGGCUGCUUUCACUGUACUGCUGCAGCAGUCUCUUCAGGUAGCUAACUUAGGAACUUGUUUUGGAGAAAUGAAGCAGAGGUGAAUGACAGCCUAGGCUUUGAAAUUAUAAAGCUCUCUCAGGUUGAAACUCUCCGUGUGCUCUCGCUCUCACUCUCACCCUGUACCUGAGAGCACAGGUGUGACUGUGACGUCAUAGUGCUGAGACUACUUUCCUUUAACCAUUGGGGUUAAGUUGGGCAGCCCAUUUAGUUUACACGUGCAUAAGACUAAUUUACAAAAUCACUCUAUACAGUCAUUAGAUGUAACAUCCUUCCCUGAGUAGAAAGUAAUGCAUGUGUUUGGAGAUAUUUUCUGUAAUGUUGGGAACAAACCUGUUUUAAAAGCACACUGCUAAAAGUAGGUGAUAUAAGACCAUUUACUGUUUUUAUUAAAGUAUGUGUGUGUA